UUGUUUAAAAAAGGAAGAUAGAGCUGCUGUUUUGUUUUCAGUUGGACACAGUUUGCAGAAGAGAGCGGUUUCUUGAGGGAUUGAAAAAUGAUCGAUCCCUCAAAGUACGUUGCCAUUGAUUGCGAGAUGGUGGGACUUGGACCCAAUGGCUUUGAGAGUGGCCUGGCACGGUGCAGUAUUGUGGAUUACAGUGGGACUGUGAUCUACGACAAAUUUAUUAAGCCAGAUGGGAAGAUAACUGAUUUCAGGACCCCUGUGAGUGGGAUUCGUCCAUUAGAUAUGGAUACAGCUUUGCCGUAUCCUAUCGCCAGGGAGGAGGUUUCCACCAAUUUCAUUCAGAUUUUGAAGAUUAUACAAGGGAAAAUUAUUGUGGGCCAUGAUCCUAGAUCUGACUUCCGGGUCCUGAAAACGGACAUCUCAAAUUAUGCCAUCCGGGACACAUCUUCAUGCAAGUUACUGAUCAUGAAAGCAAGACUGAAAACCGACAGGCGUGCCUCGUUAAAAAGCCUCUGCCAGAACCUACUGGGGAAAAGGAUACAGGAUAGCCACAAAGGACACUCCUCUGUUGAAGAUGCGAGUGCGGCUAUGGAACUUUUUAAACUCGUGGAUAUAAUGUGGGAAAUGCACCUCCGAGAGGGACGCAAAGUGGAGAUAGUGAAUCGAUUUGAGAAUCGAAACAGAUAUCAGUGAAUAAAACAGCAUUGCCAGAUUACAGAUAGGAACUCUGAUUUUCGUGUGUCACAGCGAACAUGGAAUGGUGUCUGCUGUUAACUCGAGAUCAACAUGCUGCACUGCACUGUUUCAUUUUUUUCUCUCUACUUACAUGUUCUCUCACUUCCUUGUGGAUUUUGGUCUCCACGUUCAAAUGGCUGUGUGACCCGAGGCUAUGAGCCCACUGACAGGCGGGAGGGUGGAAGGGGUGGGGGCUGAUUCACAGCUUAUCUCAUUACCCCCCUCCCCCCCACCCCCACCCCUUUACAAUCCUGCAUCCUCUCCAGGAGCCACUGGGACGUGAUCAGGAGCAUGAACCCUGCCUGUUUACUGAUCCACCUCCCCAACCCUCCUAUCCUUAGCUCAGGUAUUACGGGCAAUUGCAAUCAGUUCAUUUGUGUCCGCAUGACUGCACAUUAACCAUGGACCAGGGUGUUGUUGGGGGGAGGGGAGGUUGAUGAAGGGGGAGGAGGAUGGUGGACCUUCUGUUCUGUCCAACACAAUACACUGCACUCUGUAGUUCAUUCACUCAUUGAGGCAGGGAGGCAGUCUUCAUGCAGCUGCUCCUGAAUAGAUUACAAGAGCUUUUAUUUGAUCUGCUCUUAAAGACUUGGGUACGUGUCCACGUACGUGAAGGAAUUUCGUGCUUCUCAGGAUGAGGGUCAAUGCUUUUAAAGGUCACAUUUAUCCAUCCAAGGCAUCUCCAUCACAAGCACUUCCACGGCCAAAGUUAUCACUAUUUAAUAUCAACUGGUUUUGGGGCAACUUC